AUGUCAAACUCCAUUCUUUUGGAGUUCCGAAACUACUACUCAUUUUCAUUUGGAAGGCUCUGCCUCGGGGUCAAAGUUUUGGGCUCAGUCUUUGAGUCAGUUAUUUUUUUGAGCGAUUGGUUGUCAGCAAGAGUCGUUAGCAGUUCAAUUAGUGGUAAAGGUGGAGUAGUUAUCGUGGGUGGUGUUGAAGGUUGGAAUGCUAACCACGAAAUCCUUUUAGUUACUCAAAAUUAUUUUGGCUCCCAAAGAUUAAAACAAGAAAAAGAACAGGAAUUAUUAAACAAAAUCAGAAAAAAAUUACACCAAGCCAUCAAUCAAGGAGAAUAUCAAGAAGCCGAAUUAAAACUAGCCUUAAAACUAAAAACUUAUGAAGAACUUUAUAAUUUCCCUUAUGGUCAUUUAUUUAGUGAAGAAUUAGCCGAAUGGAAAAAAAUCUACCAAAACCCCGAACAAGACAAAAAAGGGAGAAACCUAUUAGACGAACAAUACCGACUUCAUUAUGAUUUUUGUGGAGAUUUAGGAAUUAAGAAGAUAGAACAACAAGCCUUUACCUCUUAUCAGCCUAAAUUUCAAUUAUUUCGAGCCCAAGUGAGUGAUGUUAAAUUAACCGUGGUGGAUAGUGCUGGGGCUUUUCGACAACUGGGACAAAUGCUGUUAGAUGCUAAGAUGGUUUUAACUAUUGGACCCACCGAAAUGACUGAUUUAAACAAAGCCUUUUUCAGUAAAAUGGAAGAACAUGAAGAAGUGUUAUUUCCCAACAAUCCCACUUUUACUAAAUGA